GUAGCAUGAGGUAACACUACUUAUUUACAAACUAGAUUGUCGUCUUUGCACCUCAUCGAAACGAUUGUUUGCUUUGUGGCCGCCGAAAGCGCUUCCUCCUUAGCGACUAACCUCCCUGUGCGGAGCCUAGACCGGUGUGAAGGUAUCUCGUUGUAGCCCAGUUGAACCGGCAGAGUGUGAGGAGGUAUGUUGGAGCACAGUCGAUAGUGGAAGCGGCGAGCGGCGAGUCAGAGCCUUGAUCGCACACGAGGCUGGACUUACUGGAUUGCAGCAGACGACAGUUGGAGUAGCAGACGAUAUCCGGUGGAGAAGCAGACGACAUGGCUGUUACACCAUGUGAGAUGAUCAUGUAGUCUGUGAACACGUCUCGUGAACGCACCGUUGUUGUCACACAUGCAGUGUGACGUUUCCCGCCAAGAAGGAGCACGACAGCCUGAAAGUGUCGUCUGGCUAUCUGAACGUUCUCAGACGGCACUCAGUGGAAGAGAAGCGCAACAAGAUGAAUGGCACCAGACUCAAACCGCCUAAUGGCGACUCCAAGGACGGCCAUUGUCGUCUGGUCAUCCUGGGAACGCCCGGAGUAGGGAAGACAGCUCUGACAGUGCGUUACUUGACUCGAAGAUUCAUUGGAGAGUACUGCCCAACAUUAGAGAGUGUUUACAAAUACCACACACGUAUUGAUGACGAUGACGUCAAACUGGAGAUCCUCGACACGGCCGGACAGAUACGUGCUGAGUGGAAGGACGGCUAUGCAUUAUGGGCAGACAGUUUUAUCUUUGUGUAUUCCAUAACAGAUCGAAACUCAUUCAACGAAAUCACCCGAAUCAAGAAAAGCGUCGAAAACGCUCGAAAAUCAUCGAGUCUCGCCGGCAUUCUGGUCGGAAACAAGAACGAUCUCCUCCACGACCGCCAAGUUACGGAGCUCGAAGGCCAGGAACUAGCCGACGAGUUAGGAUGUAGAUUUUACGAGGUCUCGGCCGCUGAUUGGACGCAGGUGGAAGUUAUUCAAGACGUUUUCAGAGACAUGUACCGAGAGUUUAAACGGUCAAAGUCACUUAAAGAUGGCCGCCAACGAAAGACGAGCUCCUCUCAAAGGUUCAAACAGGCCAUUCAGAAGGUGAUAACGGGGAAAUCGAACAAUAACAAACGCACAGCGACGAUGUGACAACGAUAGAAACUGGUGGUGGAUGUUGUGUAAAGUAUAUCUGUGAUUGUGUGCGUGAUUCCUGCUGAUUCGGUGAAAUAUGCAGCAAGAUAUGCAUGGGUGCAUCUUGCUGCAUAUAUGGAUUAAUUUCACUAUGAUGGAAUGGUCGGGGAAAUAAUUCAUACAUUAUUUCAUUGUUCGAUAUUUAAAUGUUGAAUGAUUACUGGACAUGGGCGUCUGACGAUUCAACGAAAUCAUGAUCUCGCAAUCUCACAAUGGGACAACACUUAGGCGACCGGAAGAUAUGUUUAAUUAGAACAUCACGUGGAGCAAGGUUCUUUGCGAAGCAUUCGCCGGAAACCAGUCCCGCAGAACCUGCACCCGGUUUGAUGACCCCAGGCGUUGCUGUGAAUGAAAACAGAUGACCACUCCAAAGGCCGAAUCAAGAUGGCCACCGGUUACACUGCAUGUGGUCUAUCUUCUCCCCGUGACCGUUUGUCAACUGGGUGUGGUGAUUAUCAUCUGUGUUUUCUGGAACAGUACUAAGGCACUCAAGCAGCCAGUCCCGUGUGGAUGGAUUUCCUGGUGGCAAGGUUCGUUGCUUUACUGCACAUGCGUCAACUCUGCUGGCAAAGAUGGCGGACUUUCCGGGCGUAAUGUCUUGGUAACUGUUGGAAUUCGUGAGAAAUUCAAUGUGCUUUUAUACCAAAUAUUCUCAGAUUGAUAAAAUGUGAUACGUAAAGGAAUAAAGACCGGCGUCUGGUACUGGUACUAUACAACGGAACCUCAUUUAUACGGACCUCGUUAAACCAGACACCCAACUAUUACUGGUGGACGAUGUUGAGAAAAGACCGGAAUUACGAGGUUACCUUGUAAUUAAUUCUUGUCUCCGACGAAAAGGAUGGGAAUUCGUCCAAGUGCUCCUCAAUAAUCAAACUGUUAAUUGUCAUGAUCAUACGAAUGUCACCCAAAAUACCUAUGUGUAUAUAAAGAAACUGUUCUCUGAUGUAAAUUUCAAACGGCGGGAUAAUGAGUGUAUGCACCAUGUUUUUAUGAGGGAAGGUAAGCGGUCUUGUCUUCCAUGUUGAACAAGCAUUUUACCAUCCUUUGGACAUAUUGUAAAUAACGACAGCGUCGUGAAUCCCUGUCUUUUUCACCGACAUCGACUGAAACAGUAGUUGUUGGUGUCCAGUGUAUGAGUCUGUAACGUCCACUCCUUUGGUCAGUCAUAUAACAACAGAUCAUAUACAUCGAAAGAUCGAGGAACUGAAUGUAAUGCACAUAUUUUCACACGAUGACCGACAAAUGUGUAAAAUGUUUACUGUUUACGAAAACUUAAAGCACUCAACACAAAACACAAUUCAGCACCGACUCUUUGUUCACACGACACCUGGGGCCGAUCUAUCUUUUCACAAAGUUUCUUUAAACGACUUUAUGUAUUGCUUGUAUUUUGCGUUACAAUCAGCACGUGACAACGAUGUAUCCAUGUUUGACUUAACUGAUUUCUGAAGAAUUGAAAGUGAGAGUUCUUGUACGACUGCGAGUAGUGCUCUACCUGACACAUGGAAGGCUCUGAAAUAUUUAUAAAAAAAAGAUAAAUUCUGAUUAAACUUAUAAAACUUUUAGUAAUAUUUAUGUCAUGCCUUUUUCUAUAGAAGAGCUGUUUGACAGUAAACAAAAGACAUGGUACAAUUUCUUUAUUUUAAUCAUAAUGUCUCCUUUUUAGACACAGACAGUGGUUGUUUCUGUGGUAAUACAGAAAAUGUCAUCUCUGUGACUUGACCUUCCUGGGGAGACAGGAUUAAUUUUUUCGCUUCUUGCAAAUUGUUAUCUAGAUGAUUAUUGCCAGAAUAAGCCAAGGUGGUUUUGGUGGUGAGGAAAUCAACAAAAUGUUAAGCAGCUUCAGUUGUGCUGAAAUACCAAUGGUAUUUCGGGCUCCGUCUAACUUGAGCAAAAGUAUGUUUUCAUUUCCGAAAUUAUCCAGUCGGCCCAGAAAUUAUAUUUUGAUAUCACCGUGUUAGUUAUUAGUAGUAAUCAUUGUGAAAAGAGCGUUACGAAACAAUCAGACGCAUGAGAUCGUAUUAACACUGAGUGCACAUACUGAUCUCCAUGAGUCCAUUCUAACAAAACGCGCCCGUUCACGUGCAGCUCUUCGCUCAGCGUUAGAGUACAUUUCUAAUUGUUCAAUAUUUUCACAUAACUCGACUUUUAUUCAUGGCUCUUAGUUCUGAUUACAUGUUCACCCAUCACCGUUUCACCACGCAUCACUGGUGAUCGAUCGCUGUCCCGAACUCUGGUUAUGUUACCAAUACCUGACAAUCAUGGGGUUGUUACACAGGGUACUUCGUACAAUCUGUUGUAUUUAGUGUUGUAUCGAGUUAUAAGAGUUCGAAUUUCGAUCUUAUACUUAUCUCGAAGUGCAUUGUUGAUACUACUUCAAUCCUCACAUAUCAUUCAAACUCUGAAUCUCGAUUAACAGCAGCCAAGGGGUAGAAGUUUUUUAAAUAUCUGCCGGGCAAAAGAAAACACACACUUAGAAAUCGGAUUUCACAGAAAAAAAUACAAACGUCAUCAAAAAGUUACUUGGCUGAAGACACUGAAACACUGCACACUUAAGGUCCAAAACACAACGAUAUAAAAAAAACCGUGGGAUCACAAUCGAAUAACCAUUUUUGGUUUGUUUCCUUUUCAGUCACCGUCAAACAUGGGGUAUACUUUAUUUUGCCCGGCGCCGCGAAUAGCUCGAAAACUGUUGAUGCGGCGUAAAACAAUAUUCCUUCUUUCACACUUUUGCCUGGUAGUUAGUCGUCGAUGUCAUCGGUGAGAAAGUUUUUGAUUUUGUUUAUUCUGGUAUUGGAUGUUUCGGCAUAUUCAUUCGAUAAGCGAAUGCUAAUUUUGUUAUCAUUUCCAUUGCUUUGAUCAGAUUGAACCUAUUUAAUGUUAUUGUAUCUCGGUGUUAAAAUUCAAGGUUUAGAGGCAGCGGAAGUUCACGUACGACGCGUAUUGUGUGGAAGAAUCACACUUUUUUUUUGUAUUUCAAUCUUGACAGUGUAGUUCAAUGGCAACAACGACGCUUGCAUUCAUGGGAGUAGUCUAUGCGUGACGUACAGGACGUUGACGUCACUGUUGCGACACCAGCGUGGUGUGCAUUAAUGUUCACCGUCAUGUACUUGUUCAUCAACACUUGAUCACGUGAUGCAUCAUGUGACCAGAUCAUGUGAUCUCACCCAUCUGUAGCAUCGCACCCGUCUGUGAUGUAAACCUAUCUGUGAUAUCUAUAAAUAUGAUACACAAAUCA